AGCGAGAUGGAUAUCCUGCAGACCCGUCUCUGAUCUAUCUUUCCGGGGGCGCCUCAUCGGGCGUCAACACCAUGCUCCACAUCCUCUGCGCUUCUCCUGAAAGCGGGAUUCUGAUUCCCAUCCCGCAGUAUCCCCUGUAUACCGCCACCCUCUCCAUCCUCAACGCCCACUGUGUACCAUAUUAUCUGGAGGAAUCCCACGCGUGGGGCACCGAUCUCAAUUCCAUCAAGAAAUCUCUCACCGACGCCCGAGCUGCAGGGACCGACGUCCGCGCCAUUGUCGUUGUCAAUCCCGGCAACCCAACAGGCGCCACCUUGUCGCCCGAUGACAUCCGUAACGUCCUGAAAUUCGCCGCGGCAGAGAAGCUGGUCGUCAUCGCCGACGAGGUGUACCAGACCAACGUGUUCAUCGGGUCAUUCGUCUCGUUCAAACAAGGGCUUCGCGAUCUCCAAAAAGAAGCGCCGGGCGCGUACGAUCACCUCGAACUAGUCUCAUUACAUAGCAUUAGCAAGGGGAUGGUUGGCGAAUGCGGCCACCGUGGCGGCUAUUUGGAGCUCGUCGGGUUCGACCCGCUGGUGGUCGAGCAGAUCUACAAGUUCAUCUCGAUCCAGCUGUGCCCUCCCGUGCUCGGGCAGUGCUUUGUAGAAAUGAUGGUCAAUCCGCCUGUGGAAGGGGACCCGAGCUACGAACUGUACCGGCAGGAGUAUGACCACAUUUUCCUCGGGUUGAAGCAGAGAGCCAAUGCGCUGUUCGACGCGUUCAAACUCAUGGAAGGCGUCGAGUGCCAGGACCCGGCUGGCGCCAUGUACCUUUUCCCUACAAUCAACCUUCCUCCGAAGGCAAUCGAGCAGGCCAAGAAGGAAGGCAGGUCACCCGACGAGAUGUAUUGUUCCCGGCUACUGGACGCCACCGGAGUGUGCGUCGUCCCCGGUAGCGGAUUUGGCCAGAAGGAGGGUACCUUGCAUUUCCGGACGACAUUUUUGGCGGCGGGGACCGAGUGGACGGGACGGAUUGUCGAAUUCCACCGGGCAUUCAUGGCGGAAUUCUCGUGAGCAGAUCGCGGUUUUGGAUUUGGACUUUUGGAGUCUUGGAAGUUGGAUAUCGGUGCCGAUGCUCAUCUUUUCACGUUCCGUCAUCCGAACACUUGGAUCGGGUGGGUUGUCAGGGGCGUUUGCCGAACAGUGCCAAAAGACCGUGGACCAACUCGGUGGUCGAUGAGGUGGAUGUCAUACUCAAUAAAUGUCAUAAUCAUCCGUUAAGGAUGGAACAGUUAGUCUUCGUAGAUGAUAUGGAAAUAUAUCCAGCAUAGAACAAUCGCUUGAAUAUUUAUUUACCGG